AUGGCUGCACCUCGAGGUUCCGGUCUGUUGGGGCCGACCUGGGCUGUGGGGGUGGGUGGGUCGAGGGUCGAGAACACUUUGCCCUUGGCAACGGGAGGUGUUCCCUGGAUGCUGCCACUGAGGGGGCUGGGUACAGGGUGCUGCGGCCUUCGAGGCUGCCCGCCCAAAUUAUCCUCCGCCGCGGAGCAUCGCUUGAAGGGCUCUUCCGGCCUCUCUCUCCAGCUGUUCUGCAGCCAGGUCCACCAUUUGGAGAUCAGGAAGGCCUGCGUCGCCUUCAUGAGAGAGAACCAGCACAGCUUCGAGUCGUAUGUGGAAGGGUCUUUUGAGAAGUACCUGGAACGGUUGGGAGACCCAAAGGAAAGUGCUGGCCAACUGGAACUGAGAGCACUUUCUCUCAUCUACAAUCGAGACUUCAUUCUCUAUCGGCACCCUGGAAAGCCUCCAACUUAUGUCACAGACAAUGGCUAUGAAAACAAGAUCAUGCUUUGCUGUUCCAGUAAUGGGCAUUAUGAUUCUGUGUACACCAAGCAAUUUCAGACUGAUGCUGCUAUUUGCCAGGCGGUGCUCUAUGAGAUUCUCUACAAGGAUGUGUUUGUUGUGGAUGGGGAAGAUUUGAAAACUGCCCUUGAUAUAUUUCGUGGCAAUGGAAGGAAGAACAGAAACAACGCCUCCCCAGGGAGUGAAGACAGGAUGGAAGAUUGGGGCCUGAACGUUAGCAGUGGCCACGAGCAGCAACUCGAUCGGUACAGGCAUGGAAUGGAGGAAGGAAAGUUUUCAGAUAAUCACUCCAAGAUGCCUUUCCCCUACAAAGUAAUGAAAGCUCUUGACCCAGAUAUCUAUCGCAAUGUGGAGUUUGACGUUUGGUUGGACAGCAGGAAAGUGCUUCAGAAAUCGGACUACAUGGUGUUUGCCGGGAGACAGUACUUUCUGGGAGACAAGUGCCAGGUCCGAUUGGAGCCAGGUGGGAGAUACUACAAUGCUCACAUUCAGGAAGUUGGCAACAACCCUACUUCUGCAACAGUCUUUAUUGAGGAGCUUGCUGAGAAGCAUGUUGUCCCACUGGCUAACUUAAAACCAGUGACUCAAGUAACACCUGUACCUGCCUGGAAUGUGGUCCCCAGUCGGAAAGGAGGAAGCAGUGGCAGCAGUGGUGGCAGUGGCGGAGGAACAUACCCCAAGAUUCCUGGUGCCUAUGCCCCAGAUAUGGACCUGGAUGUGAAGGGGCGGAAGAGAAUGUUGAAGAAGGUUCGUGGGAAGGAGGUCUUCAUGACAGUGGCUUACAGCAGGGGCGAGCCCAUGCUUCCCCCCCGACUCCAGCACAGCCUCCACACCAGCCGCUCCUCUUCUGUCCACUGCACUCCUCCGAAUGCUGGUGCCAUGAUGGCUUAUGAUCACCUCCGUCCCCAGCCGCCGCCGCUGCCACCACCACCUCCAAGACAUAGCCGGGGCUUUGGCAUCCCCAGGGGAGGAGGGGGAGCACCUCGAUUUAUGAAUAGACACAAUGUGGCCCCUCCUGAAAUGACCUUCUAUCCUGGGCCAGGGAAGAGAUGCUAUCAGAGCUAUGACAACUUCUCCUUUCGAUCCCGGUCUUAUAGCCGGAGCCGGCGGCAGAUGCACUGUGUGAAUAAGGAAUGCCAGUAUAGCUUUGCCCCGGAGCCUGGAGCCACACCGCGGGGCCUGGAGGAAACAAUUACCUACUAUGAAAUUGAAGAAGGUGAUGAGACUGCUUACCCAGCCAUUGGGCCUCAGAAUACCCCCUCACCAAUGGUCUCUCCUACUGCUGCCGCCGCUGCUGCUGCUGCUGCUGGAUUCUGGGUAGGAAGACAGGGACCCAGCCCUAUGGCCUCAGGCAAACCAGCUGUGACUUCAUCAGAAGAAGAAGUAGAAGAGCCCAGUGACAGUGGCGAAUAUCACCAUGACUACCUUUAUCCUACAGAGCCAGAAUAUGAAACUCCAUCAGUCUAUAGUGCUACUGAAUCAACUGCUAACCUGUCUCUCCAGGAUGGAAGACCAUGUUCUUUGUCUCCUCAAGAUACUGCUGCCUACACUUAUCCUCAAAAGAUGCUGAUGAGUCCACCAGUGGUAUCUCCAGCUUCUUGUGGAAGUUCCAUGCCACCAGCUGUCUUACCUAGCUGCUCAUCAAAUCCUCAGCCUGCUGCCGCUGUAGCCUCUGUGUCUCCACAGACCUCCAUGCAGCCUCUUUUCAUGGCUCCAGCUUCAUUGAACCGUCCAGCAAUUCCAUCAGCAACAUUCUCUUAUUAUCCUUCUCCUGUUGCGGCGGCUGCCCCACCUAGUGAGAUGGGAGAAUCUGGAGGCAUCCCCAUGCCACCGCCUUACUCGUGUGAUCCAAAUGGCAGCGACCUACCUCGAGAUACCAAAGUGUUGCAGUAUUACUUUAACCUGGGACUGCAGUUCUAUCAUCAGAGUUACUGGCACUCCAUGGUCUACAUGCCCCAUCUGCAACAACAGCAACAGCAGCCACAGCAGCCACUGCCACCACCCCCCCCAGCAGUGCCUGCUCAGCAUAUGGAAGCUUAUCCUGUUUAUCCUGAACACGUGGCAGUGGUAGACCACGUGGGGUCCCAAGUGUACAAUGAGAUGGGCAGGGCUGAUAACCAGCAGGUUUCUUCUGAAACAGCAGCUGGCAGUGAGUAUACAAGAGGCCGUGCAGUGGCAGGUAUCUACAGCAACUCCGAGCAGCCACCGCCACCCACUGGGCCUAUCUACUAUCCUGUCAUGCCAGACCCUUACAGCCAGCAGCCCGUGCAAGGAUAUGACCCCUAUGUCUCCAUGGUUCCUGCUUAUCACUAUAUUACCCCUUGGCAUCAGAUGGGUGCAUAUGGCAACUCACCCCGAAUCCAUGGUGCUCUGAAUUCGGGUCCAGUGCCAAAUGCCCAGGUGAGCUAUGUUCCCUCAGCCAGCCCUGCUGCCUCGGCUCACUACUCCCCUCCAAACGUGUGA